GGACUUGAGCCUUAAUACUUGAGCCUUAUGACUCGACCUGACUUGAUAUCCUCCCUAAGCCCAAAUAUAAAAAAUUAGGCUAUUAAAAAAGUGUAGCGCAUCAACUCUUAAUUUUAACAGAUAAAAAUUUGAAUCGGAAAGCAGCCAAUCAAAUUGUGCCAGCGGAGAAAAAGUUGUGCGUGGAAGUGCAGAGGAACGUCUGCGGGUGAAUUCAGAUUGAGCCUUUGGAAAGAUGAUACCCAAAGUUAUUAUUUUCGGAUAUACAGACUACGCUGUAGUCAACAAAAAACGGAUUGCAACGUGUAAAACAUGCGGGAAGAAAAUUACAGAUGGAGGCGCAACAACUUCCAACUUUGUUCGACAUUUGAAGCUGCACAAAGAACGAUUUGAACAAUACCAGAUGAACAAAAGUGCCACAAGUGAAUCACAACAGUCUCCAAUCUCACAGUUAAUGGAGACCCGUGUAGGUCGGUACAGCAUGAAUCAUCCACAGCAGAAAGCUAUUAGCAAUGCAAUACUGUCCGACCUGGUUAUCGAUUGCAACUUGCCUCUGUCUAUUGUGGAAAACAAGAGUUUUCGUCACUUUCUGUCAGUGGUUGACAGUAAGUACAGCCCAGUGUGUCGUAGAACAUUGACAUCAAAAGUAGAGAACCUCGCUACAGAGAGACGUUCAAAACUGAAAACUCAGUUGAACAACACAGACCAUGUUUCGGUCACAGUGGACAUUUGGUCCGACCGAAAGAUGAGAGGCUUCCUUGGUGUCACUGUGCACUGCAUGGAGAAAGAUGGAGAGAGGAUACAGCUCAAGUCCAAUCUUUUGGCCUGUGACCGCUUCAAAGGCCCACACAUGGCCGAAAGAAUCUGUGAGCAAUUUGAGGCCAUAUGUGGUGAGUACAGCAUUAAAGAUAAAUUGGACUAUAUCAUUAGUGACAAUACUACCAACAUGAGAAAAGCAUUCACGGUGUGCUUCCCCAUUGAACAAGAAGAUGAAGUACAUGAUGAAGAUCACCUUGAUGACCCAGAGCUCUGGAAUGACCUAACCCUGGAAGACCAGCAAACAGUGGAUGCUGCUAUUGCAAAAAAACAACGCUUACAGUGUUUUGCCCACACUCUCCAGCUGGUGGUGGGAGAUGGCUUGAAAGAAACAAAAGUGAUGACUCCUUCUCUUUCAAAGUUAUCAAAAAUCAGCUCACUGCUACAUACAAACACAACAUUCAAAGAGGUGUUUGUGGCUGAAUUUGGGGAAAGAGGCAUCCCUGUUGCUGUCAACACAAGAUGGAACUCAACACUGAGACAAGUGAAGGCAGUUAUCCAAUGUGACCAUCGAAAGCUCAGUCAUGUUCUAGAAAAGGCUGGGCACAAGGAGUUGUUGUUCACAGUACGGGAGUGGAAUAAGUUGAAGGAGUUGGUGGACAUCCUGAAGCCAUUUGGAGAAGCAACAGAUAUGACACAGGGGGAGAAGAUAGUCACAAUCAGUUCUGUUGUUCCCUCGGUCCUGUCCUUGAAUCACCACCUGGAGCAGCGGAAGCCUCAAGUCCAUUUCCUGAGCGGCCUGGUCAGAAGUCUCCAGGCAUCCCUGAACAAAAGAUUUCUUGGAAUCUUCAUCAAUGUGAAAAUGGCCAGGACACAAGAUGGAAUAACUGCCCCCUUUUCAGAUCCAGUCUACCUCAAAGCAGCUGCCUUGGAUCCGGCUUUUUCUCUGAUGUGGGUGGAACACCAUGUGCUGGUGAAGGAGGAGCUCAAGGAGGAGGUGGUACAAAGAGUGAAAGAACUUAUUCUGCAAGAUGCUACAGCGACUGAGCAAGCUGUGCCUCUUGUUGAUGAGAAAGAGCGAGAGGACCAUAGUCUUGGACAAGAAGAUGGGCUGUUUGCAGCAUACUGUAAGAGGCAGAAGAAAGCUGUUGGGACCACUCCAGCACUACAGCUAAGUCACUACCUUGACAUAUGCGAAGGACAGAAUGCCCUCUUGUUCUGGGCAAUGAACAGGAAGGCUCUUCCUUCACUGUCCCGAGUGGCCAUCAGGGUCUUGGCAGUACCUGCCUCCAGUGCUCCAGUGGAACGUGUCUUCAGCCAUGGUGGCCUCAUACUGCGGCCUCAUCGUGCACAAAUGACUGACAGACUUUUAUCGAAUUUGGUCUUUUGUAAAUGCAAUGCAUCAUAGGGCCGAGGUAAGAGAAAAAACUGAAACUGUUUAUGCAUUACACACAUAGUCUCCAUGUUCAGGUAUUGUCUCCCAUCUUUGGGAUCUGUAUUUUUUUCUCAGACAUUCAGGCCAGUGUUCAAAUUGUAGGCCUACUUGAAGUUCAGUAUCAGUUUUGAUGUACCUUUUUAAUAAAUAAUUGUAACUUUAUGGCAGGAUUGUUUUAGAUGUCUAGAGUAUAUCUGGAGAGAGCACUUGAAUAUUUUGUUUUUGUUGUCAUAUGUCUUUCUCAUGGCUACCCAUGUAUUUCCAUGGAAAUAAAGUUCAUUUGGAAAGUAAUACAUCUUUUUUAAACGCAUUCAUGAUUUGUAUAAAUUUAAUAUACUAUUAGUCUUAAAUAUGAAAUGGUAUUACAUUUUGUGAAGAGCACAUUGACUUGUUUAGAACUCAAAAUUCAGUUUAGGACUUGACGGUCUUGACUUGUAAAACACUGACUUGGUUUUACCUCUGGACAUUUAUAGUCAUUUCUUAAUAAAAAUGUAACAUUUUA